GGACGCCGGGGCGUGAUCCGCACGAGAGGAAUGCUUUCGUGAAGCAAUUGGUGAGGCGCCAACGCUACGCCAUCUCUCUCACUCACUCACUCACUCACUCACUCUCUGUUGGGCAUUCACGGGGCCGCUUCUCGCCGCUCCUCGUUUCGUGGGCUGAGCGCGGAGAAUUCGACCGGGGAAUGCGGUGCCAGGACUAAGUUCUAGCCAAGCUCAUCCGAGGAUGGUGCUGGCAGGGAGUCGAUCGUUUACGAUUACCUGUGCGCUAGUUGGGGUCGUCGAGGUGACCUCAGAGUAGUGCCGGUUUCGAAGCUACCAUGGAGGAUUGUGAAUGCGGAAGCUAUCGAGAAAUGGCGACGACGACGACGACGACGAUGAUGAUCUCAUGGCUCGGCAGUCCAGGACAUUGCUCCGUGAGCAGGAGAAGGUAGAGAAAUCAGCUGAUUACCGAGAAACGUGUCGACCUCGAUAGACUUGGAGGGGCUGUAAAUGCACCCCGCUAGAACUGGGCUUGACAUUAUUGUAUAUUGAGAUGGUUACACUCGUGGUUACAUCUGUGAAGGUCUUCCCAGACUCUACACGUAAUCCUCAGCUCCCUGUAGCAUCUUACACUGUAGGAACGUUGCACUCUCGUCCGCUGGGCACCUGUUUAACUGCUCAGAUUCAUGGCCCUAAAAAUUUAUUUCAUGGUAGACCAUAUAAACUGGAUAAUCAUUUCCAGAGCAAGUGUAGAAUUGGAGUCAGAGCUUUACCUGGGAAAAGAAAAUGGCGUUUAUUAGCCAGUGUAGCAGAUGGAUCGAAGGGUGAUACAAAGAGUGGACAGCUUCUUAAUCGGUUUUUGAAGAGAGGAAACCCAGAGAUAGUCGUGAGCGAUGACUCACAAGAGUUGGCGAAUGACGCCUCUAAUUCCAGACAGGAGCCUCAGAAGAAAAUGCAAGAGGAGGUUGAAAUUCCGGACGAUGGCACUGAGCCAUCUCUAAAACCAUUGGGACUUGUAAAAGCAGCAAAAGCCACGAAAGAUAGACUGUUGGAAGCAGCACUGAAGCAAGUAGAGGAGGUCAAGGGGUUUGCCACUAAUACGUCUUGGACGAAUUACUUCACCAGUGUAGAUGCUUCACCUGGUACUCCACUUAUUCCCUUCUUAGGUGACAGCUUGCUGGGACUGGGAGGUUUAGUGCUUGUUGCAGCAGCUUUAGCUAGUUGGUUGAGGAAAGCGCGGCUUGGCAAGAAGGUUUUGAAUACAAAGGAGGCAGGUCCAACUAAGCCACCUCGCACUAAAGACAUUCUUAAUGCUCAGGCUGCUGUGGCAGCUCCCAUUGCACUGUCGAUGUUACUGCAAAGUGACAUGAAGAAGAAAGAGAGCGCAGAAUGGCUGAAUAUGGUGGUCGGUAAGGUUUGGAACUUAUAUCGUAGGAGCUUGGAAACCGCAACGAUUGAGGCUGUGCAGCCCGUUAUUGACGAAAUUCCGGAGAAACCACCUUUUGUGGAGCGAGUGAUCCUCAAACAGUUCUUUUUGGGAGAUGAACCAGUAACUUUGCGAACUAUCGAGCGUCGUACAUCCCGGCGUGCUAAUGACCUCCAGUACCACGUUGGAUUACGAUACACGGGCAACUCUCGCAUGGUAUUUUCUCUAAAAUUGAAGUUCGGUUUUUUACCGAUCGAAAUUCCAGUUGCUAUCCGGGGUUUGGAUCUAGAUGGAGAAGUUUGGGUGAAGCUUAGAUUAAUUCCCACAGAACCCUGGGUAGGAACUGCAACCUGGGCCUUUGUUGCUCCACCCAAAGUCACUUUGGCUUUGGUUCCAUUUCGGCUCUUUAAUCUCAUGGCUAUACCAUUACUUAAUAUAUUCUUGACAAAUUUGCUCACUCGAGAUCUUCCAUUACUCUUUGUCCGACCCAACAAACAAAUAGUCAAUUAUCUUAAAGGAAAAGUGGCUGGCCCUCUUCCGAAGGAUUUCAAGGAUUCCGCGGUGGGUUUAAACGGUUUUGCAGGGGAGCUUUCAGUAACACUAAUUGAAGCACGGAAAUUGAAUUAUUUUCCGAUAGGUAAGACAGAUCCGUAUGUGGUUUUUUUGUUAGGAGAACAAACUUUUCGAAGUAAAAAAAAUAGUAAAACAUCACUUAUUGGACCGCCAGGCGCACCAGUAUGGAACCAGGACUUUCGUAUGCUUGUUGUCGACCCCAAGACGCAGAAACUCAGAAUAAGAGUCAGAGAUUCUGUUGAUUAUCUGGGUUUGGCUAAUAUCACAGUCGGCUAUAGUACGAUUUCUAUCGAUGAUCUUGAAGACACGGUUUCUGUUGACAAAGUUAUUACUUUGAAGAAUGGUCGGUGGUUUUUCCUUGGUCGAAAUGCCGGGGAGCUUUCGCUUCGCUUGACAUAUAAAGCAUAUGUUGCAGAAGAAGAGGAAGUUGAUACUACGAGUCCCGUAAAGAGCACGGUUCUGAAUGAAAUUGGAGAACUUAUUAGUAAAGAAAUGGAGGAAACAGAAGUGAGUCCCGCGAAACGUCAGCUGCGGGACAAAAUUGUCACAUCAGUUGAUGCUCAAAAAGAUGAUACAGGGUUUCGGUUCACUAAUCCUAUGCUGACUAUAGGUACCACAAGAAAACCACCAGGUGUAACAAGUGGAUCUGGACUUCCUGUUGAUCCCAGCGGUUCGAUAAAUGAACCUCUAAAAUCGAAUUCUUCAACAAAUGAACCUGAAGUAGCACCAAUCCUGAGUAAUCCUGCCUUAGAAGAGCAGGAAAAAAGGGAAGGGAAAAGUUGGGAUUUGCAAUUCCGCCAGUUUAGAGAGGAUAACGCGGCUCUCUUAUGGUUGGCUAUUGCAACAGGAGUUGCUUUAGUGGUAGCUCUCGAUCUCAAUAUAUCUAAUUUGUUCAAUCCUUGAACGUACUGUACGCUUUACUGCCGGUCAUCACCGUUUUUUGGGAAGUGCGAACCCUUGGCACGAGGGAUUUGCCUAGUGAACAGGAGGGCGGAGCCCAGGGGAGGUAUUAAGCAGGUUUGUAGGGCCGAUGCUAUGCCCGAUGUAAAAGCACCUCAUUUCUCAGGCAAGCCACAAGGAGAAACUUAACUAUUCAUGGGUUGUGUGGACACUUUUCCCAUAGAAAUUAUAUUGGAAAUGUAGCUAGCAUGCUUUAUAUGACAAUUAUGCUGUGAUUUGUAUAAGAAAAAAAGAAAAAAAAGAAAAAAAGAAAAUCUUCAACACUAUUCUGUGUUUGACAUUAUGCACGGUAGCCUUGCUUCUCAGUACGACCCUACAGGUCAUGGCUCUGAACAAUUGAUAAGAUCGUGAGGCCGUGAGCAAGUAUGACUAUUGAUUUCUGUGCAGCCUCGCCUGCUUUGGGAGCACUAUGAAGUUUGUAGGUGUAGCUCGUACGAGCUGUGCGCUUUGCAAAACAUGAUGGAUCAAUUGCUGGCUCAUGUGGGCACUUCGAUUGUAUGUUCGCCUCUAGCACUAGCCUAACUACUGAUUGCCGGCUUGUGGGGGCACACACACACCGUCGCCGAUAAAAUUACUUGCCGUGAGCACCUAAACAGGAGGUCUAACACUUAAAGGCUUCUUGGGGCGCACGCCGAUCAAAAAAUCUUCCGGCUACACUCAUUGGGUGCAGCAUGGCGUCUCAAGCGUUCGUGCUCUACCCACACACCAUGGGCUCGACAAUGGAAUUACAGCCUUCGAAUCGCGCCCUUUUCACAUUCGUCACCGACCCGUCAACUGAAAAGGCGCGUUUCAGCGCAAUACGAAUGAGUUUCUGCGGGGAAAAUUGGCCUUGAGAACGGGCAAGCGUGCUGGGAUAAACGUUCCGCGCAGCUUCAACCCCGCACGGCCUUGCCGGGGGCGCGGCAUCCGCUUUUGAUAACCUGAGCGACGAGGAGAGAAACCCAGAAAGCGUAUCCGACCAACUGCGCUGACACGAGUCGCUGUGCCUUGGCCGACUGAAACCCUCUCCAUCUACAUUCUUAUUCCCCAUGUGCGAUGGAUACAACAAAUCUACAUCUCGUUGAAAAUCCAGAAGCGCGCAGAACCGCUGCGAAGAAUUGGACGCCACCAUCUCUGGCAUUUUCGCUUGAACCCAACUGAACACUCCGUAAAGUCUCUUCACCCCGCUUCCAACACCACACCCACAACGCAAUAAUCACAGCCCAACACGCUCUUAACUCUUCUCGCGGUGGGUUCCUCAACAGCAACCAAAAUCGACCACGAUCGAGCGACACCCACAAAGAGC